GCGGCGGAGGCGGCACCGGGGCCGCAUCGAGGCCCGAACCGGGCCGGGCCCGAACCGGGGCCUUUCGGGGCCGAACCGGGCCGAGCCAGGGUCGCUCCGGGACCGAGGGGCGGCCCCGGCACCUGCAGGUACCGUGAGACCACCCCGGGGGGGCGCGGCCGAGGUGGCUGCGGGGGCUCCGCUGCCGCUGCACCGGGCCCGGGGCCUGCACCGGCGCGCCCGGAGCCGAGCCCUCCGUGAGGGUACGGGCGAGGGGAGAAGGCCGGGGAGCCCCCGGGGUGGGGGACGCAGCGCGGCCCGGCCGCACCGGGAGUUCCCGGUGGGUUCCCGGUAACGGCCCGGUAAAGCCCGGUUAGCCCCGUCCGCAGCCGGCGAUGGCGGGACGCGUCCCCGUGCACAGCCUGAGCAGCCUGCAGAAAACCGCUCUGCUCCUGGGCGUCCCGGCGGCGGCCACCGUGCUCUACAUCCUGUACCGGCGCUACCGGGAGAGCCGAGAGGCGCAGGUGACACUGGUGGCAGACGAGGGGCUGGAGGUGGGGGUCAGGGUGCCCCGCACGGCCCUGAAAUCGCUGAUCGGCCGCCGGGGAGCCACCAUCAACCAGCUGAGGCAGGAGACGGGAGCCCAGAUCGAGCUGGAGGAGGAGGAGGAGGAGGAAGGGGGGCACUCCCUGGUGCAGAUCUCGGGCUCGCCGGGCCAGGUGUGCCGGGCCAGGGCGGCCGUGCUGCGCAUCGUGGCCGACAGCGCGCCCGUGGCCGAGCAGCUGCGCGUGCCCCAGCGGGCCGUGGGCAGGAUCAUCGGGCGCGGCGGGGAGACCGUCCGGGCCAUCUGCCGGAGCUCGGGGGCUCGCGUGGAGUGCGGCAACGAGCCCGACGCCAGCCUGGCCCCGCUGCGCGUCAUCCGCCUGCUGGGGACGCGCAGAGAGGUGGAGGCGGCCAAGAAGCUGAUCAUGGAGAAGCUGUCGGAGGACAAGGCGUUCCGCCGGGAGCUGGCGCAGGCGGCGGCCGCGCGGUGCCCGCGGAAGCAGCCCCUGGGCAGCCGCCGGAGCCACCGGAGCCGCCCGCCGGUCCCCCCCGGCAGCCCCGGGGGAUGGCAGGAGUGCUGGGAUGCGGACUGGGCACCGGCGGCCGGCCCGGGAACGGCGGCGGGGAGCGACGGGAUGGAGCCGGAGAUGGGGAGUGAGCAGCCCGGGGAUGCGGGAGAGGAGCCCGAGGACGGGGGCGAGGAGCUGCCCGUGGCCAAGUUCGAGGUGCCCAGCCCAGAUUUCAGCUUCCCUGCUGACGAGCACCUGGACGUUUACGUGUCGGCGGCCGAGAGCCCCGGGCACUUCUGGAUCCAGCUGCUGGGCACACGCAGCCUGCAGCUGGACAAACUGACAGCUGAGAUGGGCCACUUCUACCAGAGCAGCCCCCCCGUGCCACCCCCGUCCGUCCGUCCCGGUGACAUCGUGGCCGCUCCGUACCUGGACGAUGGCGAGUGGUACCGGGCGCGUGUCCUGGGGACGCUGGACAACGGCCACCUGGACCUGUACUACGUGGACUUUGGGGACAACGGCGAGGUCCCCCCCGAGGCUCUGCGGGCCCUCAGGAGCGACUUCCUGAGCCUGCCCUUCCAGGCCAUCGAGUGCAGCCUGGCCGGGAUUGUCCCCAACGGUGGCUCGUGGCCCGAGGCAGCCCUGGAGGAGUUUGACCGCCUCACGGGCUGUGCCCGCUGGGCCCCGCUGGUGGCUCGGAUCUGCAGCUACGGCCCGGCCGGGCCCUGCCUGCGCCUCUUCACGCACUGCCAGGGACAGAGCCUGGACGUGGGAGCAGAGCUGGUGCGUUUGGGCUACGCCGUGCCCGGGCCCCCCGAGGAGCCCCCGGACAAUCUCGGCUGCGCCGCCAUCCCAAGCCCGGUGGAGCCCGGGGACAGCCCCGGGACCCCGUCCUGCCUCAGCCUGCCCGCUGCCGCCGUGCCCGGGGACGCUGUCACGGUGAGCUGAAGCUGCCCGUGCCCGGUGCCACCGGGAGCCGCUCCCGGUGACCCCAUCCCGGUAACCGGAGCAGCUCCCGGUGCCACCACCGAGUGCAAUCCCCUCUCCGGAGGCCUCCGGGAGGCCGGACCGACAAAUCGCGGGGAUCUCCGCUUGUGCCUCUUGUCGGGACACGCCGGGACCGAGGGCCGGCGGUGCCCCUUCCGUUACCGGGAGUUCCCGGUUCCGUCGCCUUGUUUUGCUGUUCCGUUGCACUAAUUUUGGUUCUGAGUUAAUAAAGUUGAAGGUUUCUCAGC